AUGAUCAAGGGCAGGGUUGGGCUGGAAGAGUCCUACGCGAAGGGGCUGGACAAGGUGGCAAAUCAGGCGUUUCGGGACGGCUUGGACGCCGGGUCGUUCCGCGAGGGCCUCGAGGGGCUGCGGUCCGACCUCGUCAACAAGGCGGUGCAGCACCGCGCGCUGGCGAAGAACAUCUCGAGCGACGUGCUCGAGCCGCUGACGGAGCUGAGAGGACAGCUCAGCUCGAAGACAAAGGCCCUGGUGGCGAAGGCGACCAAGCUUCAGCGAGACACGAGGGCCGCUGAUGAGAAGUACCGGCGUUCGCACACCAGGUACCACCGGUGUCACCGGGAAGCGGCGCUGAGUCUCUCGGCCGCCGUCGAAGGCGGCGCCGUACCCUCCUCAGAACCAAGGCGCCGCCCGUCUCUCGAGCGAUCGUCAACCACUCCCGAAAGCACCACCAGCAACAGCAACAGCGGCGGGGGGGGGCGGCGGCCCGCCGCUGUUGCUCUUCCCCCCUCACCGCUUGCCGGUGCCGGCGCCCCGGCGCCCCCGCUGAGAAGACGCGCGAUGUCGGCCACCCUGGACAAGGUCCGAGAGGCGAUGCCCUCCUCGUCGAACAAGAAGGAUCUGGUGCAGUGGUUCCUGCCGUCGGAGAAGACGCGCAAGGAGGCCCUGAUCGAGUCGGCGCAGGCGGCGGCGGACGCGGCGGAGGAGGCGAGGAAGGCGUGCCUGGCGUGCUGGGUGGCUCUGCGCUCCGGGGUGCACUCCGCGGUGCAGGAGUUCCAGCGCGUGCUAACGGAUUUCCAGGGCUGCGAGGAGCAGCUGGUCUCGGAGGCGCAAGACGGGAUGCGCAAGCACGUGGUGUUCGAGAGCAGCUCCCUGGCCAACCAGCAGUACGACCUGCAGAUGCUGUUCAAGUUGGACGAGCUGGGCUCGAAAAAUAGCGAGCCCUAUCGUGCGUGGCACAGGAGCAAGCCCACGUCCGUCGUCUGGAGGACGCUUGGUCUGGCAGCGAAGUUGAUGGAAGCCGUUAACGUGGAGAUGGACCUUCGGAACUUCAUCCGCUCCGCCCGCCGGGAGGUAGCGAGCGACUCCGUCGCGGCCGCCGCUGCUCAGGCCACGGCCGCCGCCGCAGCCAGAAAAGAAGAUGCCGUGGGUGGGGCGGCAGCUUCGGCUCCGGGCUCCGCUACAUCUUUGGUUGAGGCGGCGAACGGGGUAGGGCUCGGCGCGGGGGGAGGGGGGGGGGGCGGGGCGGGAGUUUUGUCCUCUCGGGCGGAUCGGAGGGGGGCGGCGCUCGCGCUCCAACGGUUGUUUGGGGUCGGCCAGGACCUACCCCCGCCGCCGACGGAGGAGGAAUGGGUGCCCCCGGAGGUAGAAGGGGAAACCCCGGCCGCGUGUCGGCAGACGCUGGUGGAGCUGUUCCACGCACCCCUCAUCACCAAGGAGGACAUCUCUAUGUACUUGGACGCGACCGACCCUGUGGCGGGAGCGGCGGCGAGCGAAGCCGCAGCGGCAGCCAUCAAGGCUCUGGGUGCGCCUACGCUCGCCGGCGGAGCCCGCGGCGCCGCGGCCAUGGACGCCAAGAUGGACGCAGCGCUGGCCAAGCUCUCCUCCCACUACCCCGUGGUAACGCCGGCGGCUAGCGUGUACGAAGUCCUCGGGUUUGCCGCCCAGGCCCGGCACGCCAAGAACUACAAGGACCUCCUGGCCGGCGCAUCGGACGCCGGGCUUGGUGAUGGUGGUAGUGGCAGCGGCGAAAGAGGAGAUGCUGAGGGUCGUGUUUCUCAGCCGCCGAUUCCUUGUCCUGAUGCCGGUGCUGGUGGUGCUGCUGCUGCCACAGCAGCAGCAGCAGCAGCAGCAGCAGCAGCAGCAGCAAGAUCGCUGCGCGCGGACGGGGCCGGGGCGACGGAGAGGAGAGGCAGCGAGCUUCUUCUCGUCGCCGGAGAGGAAGAGGAGGCGAAGAGCGGCGGGGGUGGUGAGGGGCCGGGCGUGGGGGACGACCGCGGCGGCGACCCCGCGGCGGCCGUUGCGAGGGCGGUGGAGGCGUUGUUGACGGGGGGCGGGGGGAGAACGAUGAAGGCCGAUCAGGUGGACGCUGCCGCAGAGGCUUGUAGCGGGUCCCCUUCCUCCAGCAACCGGCUGCUGCUAGCGCUCUGCCAGCACGCUUGCGCAUCGACCACCACCACCGCGAGCGGCGACAAUCAAGGACCCUCAGCAACAACGGGGUCCGGGAGCACCGGCGGCGGCAGCGGUCCUGGGGGGUUCGCUCCGGUCCGGCUCCAACCGGCGUCGUUCGUGGCCUUGGCGAGGCUCUUGCGAGCCUCCCUCGACCAGGCCGCCUCCGACCGCGAGUUCCUGCAGGCGAGGAACUGCCUAGUCACCGCCGGCCUCUUCGCCGUCGACGGCGGCAACUACGUGUCCUGGCUGAGGGAGCAAGACGGGAGCCAGCAGGGGAAAAGCGGCGGCGGCGGCGGGGGCAACAACAUCCCCGCGGUCAUGGCCGACAACGAGCUCGUGAGCGCAGCGCGGAAGCUGGACGAGGCGUCGGCAGCGGCGGCGGCGGCGGCGGCGGCGGCGGCACCGGCGGCGGAUGUUCCGGGCGGGGAGGGUGCCGGGGAUGCGGACGAGGAAGCGGCGGGUUAUCUGCUGCUGAGGGAGCUCCGGAGGCACCCUGUCUGGGCCGCGAUCGAGCUGUGGGAGGUGUCCAUGUCCGACUCGGUGGUGAUGGCGAUGGAGGGCGGGGGCGCGAGGGCAGAGCGGUGGCUGACAAGGGACACGCUGGACGCGAUGCGAGAGCGCUUUGGAGAAGACGCGGCGAGUCGGCAGUUGGACGUCAAGCUCGGCCAGCUGGCUUUCUUGGGACACUCGAUGCUGGCGUGCGGCGUACCUCCGUCAGAGGGACGUUCGCUCGUGCGCAAGUGCUCAAGCCUGGCGAUGGAGAUACCGUCGCGGGAUCUAGAGGCUCUCACGGCGACCCUCAACACUUUCGUCAUGGGGCCUAGGCCGGCGGCGGCGGCCGCCGCCGCCGCCCCGGGGCAUCCGCGGAGUCGAAGCGUGUCCUCUGUGGGAGGGGACAAUGAACCGGCCCCGGCAGCAGCAGCAGCAGGGGGGGGAGGAGAGGAGCUCGGAGAUUUGCCUCCGGAGGCGGUUAUAGAGCUUGGCGGGGAAGAGGGUGGUGAUGGUGAUGGUGGUGGUGGUAGCAAUGGUGAGGGUGAUGGGAUUUUUUUAUAA